UUCUGCGAUCCACCAUUUUACUGAUCUACAUCCAAAUUACAAGGAUACACAACAAUAAAUUAACGAUAUAAUUUGUAUAAUAUGUUUGGCAAAUAAUAUAAAAUUAUUGCAAUAUAAACAAAUGUACUGUACCUACACAUGUAUAUAAAAUAAAUGACAACAAUGUGUUACGGUGGUCUCAGGUAAAUACUCGCGUAACAAGCGCCGGGCGGGUACACACGAAACUGUGCGCCUGCAUCUCACAUAUCAUAACAAUUAUAAUAAAUAAAUAAUAAACAAAAUUAGUGAUGAUAUUAUCUAAUAACAUAAAUAUUUAAUAAAGUGAAAUUAUACACCUAAAAUAAUGGAGAAGCGCAAUUAUGAAGCAGCUCCACCCAACAACUGUGAUAGUGAAGUGCUAAGUAAUACAAUUACAUGGAAACCGUUUUUGAAACAGUUGCUGAUUUGCAGCGGAGUAUGGACUUCAAUGUUCCUGUAUGGGUUGUGCGUGGGCGCACCCACAAUGUUCAUCCCUCAGAUCAGGCGGGAAGCUAACAGUACCGACAUUAUAACAGAUGACAUGGCUUCUUGGUUGACGUCCGUGUACGGCUUCAGCGGCUUCCCGUUCGUCUUCAUCCUCUCGAUACUCACCAAGUUCGCCGGCAGGAGGAUCCCGUUCCUGAUCGCAGUCCUGGAUACCCUGGCCGCCUUCACCGUCCUCUACUGCAGCACCAGUGUCACACACAUACUGAUCAGUGAAAUCAUGCAAGGAUUGUUCAGUGCCUCACAAAUCGUCAUCACACUUAUGAUUCUCACAGAGUACACCUCACCUAAAUACAGGGGCAUAUUCCUAACAGUUAAAACAGCUACCUUUUACUGGGGUAUCUGGGCUUCAAACGCAAUUGGCACCUUCUUCCACUGGAGGAAAAUUCCUUUGUUUGGAAUAAUAUGUUCCCUGUACACCAUAUUGACAGUAAUGAUCUGGCCGGAGUCUCCGUACUGGCUGGCUAGUAGAGGACGGUUCAAAGAGUGUGCAGCCUCACAUAGAUCACUAAAAGGAUGUGAUGAAGAAUCUGAGAAAGAAUUGGAAGUUCUUAUCAAUUCGCAAAAAGAAUACAUCGCUAGUUGUGGACUAGAUGACAUGUCGGUUAAAGAGCGUAUCAUCGAUUUCUUUAAAACAUUAAAAUCUAAGAAGUUUUAUAAACCAACGUUGCUGUCUAUUGUGACUGGUUGUUUAGGAGUUUUCAGUGGGAAGUUAGUAUUUGCUGUAUACGCUAUAGAUAUUUUGAAAAAGAUUACAAAUAGUGAGUCGACAGCGUACACUAGUAUGUUAGUACUGGAUGGCUUCACAGUGUUCAGUAUGUAUGCAGGUUGCUUUUUAAUGAAAUAUCUGAAACGACGUACUUUGUUAUUAGCAGCGUCUAGUAUAGGCGUACUGUUUCUUUUCACUUUAUCAUUAUACUUGUACUUAAUUUCUUUAAAUGUUAUUUUGGAAAACAAUUACGUCUCAGUGUCUUUACUUGUUGCAUUCUCAAUAGCUGUAAGUUGUGGUCCUAUGAUCAUGUCUAUAUCGGUGUAUGGAGAAUUAAUUCCAGUUAGAUCGAGAAAUCUAUCAGUAUGUUUGAUAGCUUUGAUAGGAAAACUAGUGACUGGUCUAGCUUUAAAAGUAUCUCCUUUAUUGUUCAGAAAGUUUGGAUUACAUGGAGGAUUCCUAACGUUUGGUUUGUCUUCAUUAGUAAUAAUUAUAAUUUUGUACAAAUAUUUACCAGAAACGAAAGAUAAGACGUUACAAGAGAUUUCAGAUAGUAUGAAUAGAAGGAAAAAGCUAGCAACUGUAAGAUUGUUACCAAAUAAUAACGCUUGAUAAUAAAUGUUGAGAUUUUUUAAAACUUAGAAAUAAGACUAUUAAAGAGGAGGGCUGUACCUUGUACGUAUUAUAAAAUAAGUUAUUUUGGACUGUUAUUUGCUCAAUUUUGUAUGAAAAGCCUAUUAAAAUGAUUUUAUUUAAAUAUAUUGAAGUAAAAGGUG